UAUGUUGGAAAAUAAUUUAAUUUAUUAAUUUUUCAUUAUUGAAAAGAAUUUGUUAAAUUGGUUGGUUUUUUUUAAUUCUUUGAAGUCAAUGUGUUUUGUAAAUAAUCAUUAAAAUGUUAUUCUGUAGAUUAUGUGAAACUUGAAGAAUUAUCAUUUGUUUACUAUAAAAAACUUUUAAUUAGUUUUUAAAAAUGGUGAUGCCAUGUGACUUAUCUGAUUCAUUGGAGGAUACUAGUGAAGGAAUUGGAUUAAGUUGCUGUUUAGUAUUUUUUACUGAAUGGAAACAUGUCCUUGAUCUUAUUGAUCAACUUCCAGAAAUUUACUCUAAUGAUAGUCAAAGUGAAAAAAGUUAUGAACAACUGAAAUACAUUUUAACUCAAUACAUAGAACAACCUCACUUAAUUGAUCCAUAUUUAUGUGAAAUACUUGAUAAAUUGUUAUCUAUUGUAAGAGAUGAAACACAACCAACAUUACUUAAACAGAAAGCAUUUCGAUAUCUCUUUUUAGUUGUUAGUGUUAGAGGCUACAAAGUUGUUUUGCGAAAUUUGCCUCAUGAAGUGUCCGACUUGGAAAAAGUAUUAAAAAUGUUGGAGGAGCAAGAUGAAGCCGAUCAUAAUUCAUGGGAAACUCGUUAUUGUCUGUUGUUAUGGCUCUCAAUUAUUGUAAUUAUACCUUUUGACAUGAGAAAGUUAGAUGGAACAAUUCUAGCAGAUGAUUCAUCUAUUUUACAAAGACUAGUAAGAAUUGUAAUGAAAUAUUUAUGUUCUGGAGAUGCUUGUAGAGAUACUGCUACAGUUCUAGCUACACGAUUAUUCAUAAGAUCUGAUGUUAAAGAAAUUCAUUUGCCAAAUUUUUUGAAAUGGGCUAAACAGAAAAUAUUAGAUAUUAAUGCCACCCGUUGGGAAAGGCUUGGUGCAAUGAGUACUAUUGCUGCUAUUUUUAAAGCUGCUAAGCGAGAAGAUAUUCAACAUUUUGUUGAGGAAAUUUUUGAUUGUCUAACAAGAUCAAAAUGUAAGUCUGAUUCAUUAAGAUUGACUCGAAAAUAUUAUAUGAAAAUUGUUCAAAGAGCAGGAUUAACAUUAUUAAAAAUCAGAGUUGCUGCUUGGCGUUAUAAUAGAGGAACUAGAUCUCUUGAACAAAAUUUGUUAAAAACUGAAUCACAAAAAUUAGAUAUUAGUGAAGAACGAACAGUCAAUGAUGAUUAUGAAGAUGAUGAUGAUGAUAUUCCAUUAAUCUUAGAAGAUAUAAUUCAAGAAUUAAUUGAAGGAUUGAAAGAUACUGAUAUUAUUGUUAGGUACUCUGCAGCUAAAGGAAUUGGUCGUAUUACUAGCCGUCUUUCUAAAACAUAUGGAAAUGAAGUUGUCAAUGCUGUAUUAAGCAUGUUAAGCCCAGAUGAAAAUGACAAUGCUUGGCAUGGUGGUUGUUUAGCUCUUGCUGAAUUAGGUCGUCGAGGUUUAUUAUUAAAAGAAAACUUACAUUUAGUUGUGCCUGUUGUUUUAAAAGCUCUAGUUUACGAUGAACCAAAAGGCUAUACAUCAGUUGGAUCACAUAUUCGUGAUGCAGCAUGUUAUGUAUGCUGGUCAUUUGCACGAGCUUUUAGUUCUCAUGAUAUUCAACCGUAUGUUGAAGAAAUAGCUGGAGCUUUAUUAGCAGUAUCCUGCUUUGACAGAGAAUUAACAUGUCGUAGAGCAGCUUCAGCAGCUUUUCAAGAAAAUGUUGGCCGUCAAGGUACAUUUCCUCAUGGAAUUGAUAUUGUUACUACAGCUGAUUAUUUUUCAGUUGGUAUGAGAAAUCAUGCUUACUUGGAAAUAAGUGUAUUCGUAGCACAAUAUAAGGAAUAUGAUACUCUUCUAAUAAAACACUUGUUAGAAAAAAAAGUUGUUCAUUGGGAUACAUCAAUUCGUGAAUUAAGUGCUAAAGCACUUGGAAAAUUAGUAGCUUUAAAUACUGAAAAAUCUAAAGAUUAUGUUUUUAUGGAAUUAUUUAAAUUAACUGAAACAUCUAAUAUAAAUAAACGCCAUGGAAGUGUAAUGGCUGUUGGAGAAGUACUACAUGGAAUUUCCAAUACUUAUGAUCCAAAUAUUAAUUUAGAAAAAAAUUUACUUAAUAAAAUUAUUAAUCUCGUUCUUAAUUUGAAAAAUCAUGGGAAAUUAAAGGGCAUAAGUAGUGAAUUAGUAAAAAUGGCAUGUUGUCAUUUAAUCAAACUCAUUUCAACUAGUAAACUAAUUGUUACUGACAAUCAAAUUUUAAAUGAGUGGAGAGUUUUGUUAGAGGAAUGCAUUACUAAUGAAAUGUUAGAUUUACGAAAUAAGGCUGUGGAAGCUAUUGGUGUUCUGUUUGAUAAUUAUUUUGAUCCGACUUCACCAGAAACAGAUAUCAUAGUAAAUACAUAUGUAAAAAAAUUAUCUUCAAACCAUAUGAUGGACCGAAUUGGAUAUAGUUUAGCUUUAGGGUCUCUUCCAUCUUCUAUUCUUAGUAAACAAAUAUUGGUUAUAUUAAAUGGUCUUAUCAAUUGCACAAAAAUCUCUCGACCGACUAUCAAGUGGGCUGAGUCUAGACGAGAUGCUAUAAUUGCUAUUACAAAAAUUUGGAAAAAAUUAAUAGCAAUACCUUGUUAUGAAAGUAUUUGUGAUGAAAAUUCAAAUUUGAUUCUACAAUGUUUAUUGAGUUGUGCUUUAGAGUAUACAAUAGACCAUAGAGGUGAUAUUGGAGUUUGGGUUCGAGAAUCUGCUAUAAGUAGUCUUGAAGUAAUUGUUUCAAAUUUGGCAGAUAUAAACUCUAAAGUUCUUGAUGAUAAUAUUGUAAAAAAAAUCAUUUGUGUUUUAGCAAGACAAGGGGUAGAUAGAAUAGAUAAAAUUAGAGGUUUAUCUUGCAUGGUUAUUACGAAUUUAUUACACAGAAGAAAGAACAAAGUUGUUCCUAAUGUGGCCCACAGAUCAGAAUUAGAAAAAAUAUUUAGAAAGAAAGAAUCGUUUAAUUGGUUUACUGAAUCAGAUUCUUUUUCUGUCAUGGUCAAAUUUCUCAGUAUGCCAGAGUACAAGUACUCUGUAUUGGUUGGUCUACUUGUAUGUGUAGGUGGUGUUUCUGAAAGUCUUGUAAAAGAAGCUUGUCAUCAUUUUACAGAACACAUGAAGUCUGUAUCAGAAGUUGAAUUUGAAAUUUUAUGUAAUGAUAUAAUAGCGGUAUGGAGCGGUAAAAUUGCCGAAGUAGAUGUAGAUGAUCGUAUUCAGCAAUCAGUUUUAAUAUCUAUUGAAAGAUUAGCCACAGCUGGAGCUUUUAAGAACCAAUUUGAACGUUCUGAAUCAGAGUUUGCUGCAAAUAUUUUGACUCUGAUUAAAAAGGAAUCUGUAUCUACAAAAUCAUCAACCAAAUUAACAUCUUGUGUUGAGCUAUUGUGUCAUUUAAUUCAGGUUCCUGGACAAAUUGGAUUGCGUGCUACGACUCAACUUUCAAUAUUUUUGGCUCAUCGGUUUGCAUGGUUAAGAAAGGUUGUUGCAGCUCGACUCAUAGAAGUUUUAAUUGUUUACUCAGAUAGGUUUGAGGUAUCUGAAGAUAAUAUUAUUAAGGCUACUGAAUUACUUGAAGAGUUUGAUUGGCAAGAAUCCAAUAUAGAAAAAGUUAGGACAGAAAGAAAUAAAAUUUGUAGUCUACUGAAUGUACCAGCUCCAAAAAUUAUUCCAAAAAAUUAAUAUAACAAUUGAUUAUACUAUAAUUAUAAAAAUAAUAAGUAUUUUAAAUAAAUUUAUAUUAAUAAUAUUUAUUAACUUAAUUAACAUUUUAUAAAAUACUAAUAUUAUUUUUGUU